ACGCUGAAACCAAACAAGAAAAUGCUCAAUAUCAAUCCCAAACAACACACUUUCCUUCAUUUCACACACUCCCAAACAAAAACCAUAACCGUCAAAAUGAAAACAGAAUCCCAACGGCCAACUCUCCUCCUCUUCGCCGCCGCACUCCUCCUCCUCACAGCCACCGCCGACGAUCCCACCGCUCAAUCCAACUCCACCAACUACAUCCGUACAAACUGCGGCACCACAUUAUAUCCCGACAUCUGCUUCUCAUCACUCUCACGUUACGCGAGCGCUAUCCAGCAAAAUCCAAGAAGACUCGCUCACGUAGCCAUCGGCGUCAGUCUCUCAAGAGCUCGCCACGUGGCGGCGUACGUGUCAAACCUCUCACGCGAAGCAGACUACAGCUCCGAUCAUCGAGCGGCUGCCGCUCUCCAUGACUGUUAUUCAAAUUUUGGAGACGCAGUCGAUGAGAUUCGCGGCUCUCUCAAGCAGAUGCGGCAGCUUGGAGCCGCUGGCUCGUCGGCGGAGGCGUUCCGGUUUCUGAUGAGUAAUGUUCAGACGUGGAUGAGCGCUGCUUUGACUGACGAGGACACGUGUACGGAUGGUUUUGAGGAUGUGGCGGAUGGAGAGGUGAAAUCGGAGGUGUGUGAGCGUGCUGCGGUGGCGAAGAAGUUUGUUAGUAAUGCGCUUGCGCUGGUUAAUAGCUAUGUUGCUCAAGGAAUGGUUUAGUGAUAUGAAAUUUGGUUAGUUUUUUUUUAACAUUUUGUGUGAGUGGAAUGGAAUAUACAGUAGGCACUGUUGAGUGAGCUUUGCUGUCUGACUUGUGUAUAUGUUUUAUUUUUUUCUUGAAAUUGUGAGUAGGUUUUAAAGGUGUGGUGUUUGCCUGUUUGAUUUCUUACUUCUCGGCUGAUUGAAUUGGGAGGGAAAGUUUUUGUCAAAAUAAUUUUGUUAAAUUUAUUUAAAAUGCUAAUUUGUAUU